AGAUCCGGUCAGCUGCGUUGCAAGACGUCGUCGUUUAAUAUAAAAAAUUUUUUUUUGGGUGAACACAAGAGUUGAAAAAAUAUAUUUUUUUUUGCUUGCUAAAGUGUUUCAUUGUGUCUCUGUGUGUGUAAUUUUAUUAGAAAAGAAAAUUUAAGAAAAAAUUAAAAAAUAUAUAUUGAAAUUAAAAAAAAUAUUAAGAAAAUUGUAAACAACAGCUUAUGGAUUAAGUAGAAAACAAGUUAAACGAGAAAAAAACAUUAUUAUUAUAAUAAUAAAAGAAAAAUACCUGUUUAAUAAAGAAAAAAUUAGAAAAAAAUCUUUAAAAGGUGUUGCUUAACAAAAUGGCGAAAGUGACAAAAAAUUCAAGUGCAUUAGGAACACUUUAGUAUUUUUUGGGAUAUUAAAGUAAAAAAAAACACCUUAUAAAGUAUAGGGGAAUAGUUUUCAAGAAAAAAAUAUAUAGAAAAAAGCCAAGGAACUUUUAAAGUGUGCUGUAUGUAUGGGACCGUAUGCCACGAGUUUCUCGUUUAAAAAAAUCUGUCUACAAACAGGCCUGCUGCUGCCUCAUCAUCAGCUACAAUUGUAGAGCAUAGAGUAGUAGUGACGUAGAGGAUAACCCCAUACGGUUGGUCUUUAAAUAAGCAAAUAAUCUAUUGCUUUUAAGAAUUUUAAUAGAAAUUAUUCACAAUUUGUUGGAAAAAUUCAAAAAAGUGCUUUAAAAAAAACUUACAAUCUUAAAUUAAAAUAAAUUGCAGCUGUGUUUAAAAUUCUCUAAUUAUAGAAAUUUCUUGAACAUUUAGUUAUAUUAAGAUUUUGAAGAAUUACUAAUCGUAGCAGGUCAACACCAAUUUAAACUGACCUUAACACUCUCAACUAAAUAAUACAACGUCAACAAUAACAACAACACGGAAUAAAUAAACUCUUGUUCAAAUCGAACAAUUGUUUAUCAUAGCUAAAGGAUUAAAAAAAAAGGAAUAGUAUACAAAGUAAUUUGUAUACGCAAAAUACACACAUUAAUUUAAAGUAAAAACAAGUGUAAAAUGCAAAAUAAUCCAAUGAAUAAACGACGUAAUUAUAAUAUACAAAAAUUCAAAAAAUACCAACAAUUGCAAUUGCAACAACAUCAAAUCUUACUAAAACAAUUAGUAGUUACAAAUAUAGAAAAACGUUAUAAGCGUUAGACAAAAAAUCUCUCCCCUAUAUUUAUUAAAAGAUAAUAAUAUUUAUAAAAAUAAAACAAAAUAAAAAUAGUAAUAAAGUUUUCCACAUACAAAAUAAAUAAACACUAAUAAAAGUGUUAUUCAAUAUUUACAACAAGUUACAUAUAAAAUAAUAGAAUUUCAAAAGAUAAACUAAACAAAAAAAAAAAAAAAAGAAAAUAACAAAAAAAGACCGCUUAACUUAAUUUAAAAAAAAGUUAGAAAAAAAACCAACAAGUUUAUACUUUUUGCGACUUUCUCUAUCUCUAUCUCUCUCUCGCUUACGCAAAAGUUUAAAAGCAAAAUAUUAAAAGUGAAACCAUUAAAAAUGAUGAAACGUACUCGCGAAGAAGUACAAUAUGGUGCACGCCCAGGUCCUGGCGGUGUGGGUGGUAGUGGUGGCGGAGGAGGAGGAGGUGGUGGUGGUGGCGGCGGUGUUAUUCCCACCACAGCUGGUGUUGUAGCGGGUACAGCAAAUGUCACCACAGGCGCUUUAAAUAUUGGCACUGUUGUACCCGGUCCACAUACAACAGCUGGUGGUGGUAGUGGUGGUGGUAAUACUGCCUUAAAUGUUGGAUUGGGAGCUGGCAAUAUAGCAACGGCAGGUUCCAUUGCCCACCAUCGUAUAUUGACACCACAACAUGGUGGCGCUCAAACUAUAGCCUAUUUACCCUCAACAACACCCGUUACAGCAACUAAUCUUAAGUCUGGUGGUGUUGUAGCUGACAGCAGUGCUGGCGGUAAUAAUGAUGGCAGCAAUACUGUCAGUGGUGGAGUCGGUGGUGGGGGUGUAAUAGGUACCGGCAGCGGCAGUGGUGGUCGCAUAACACAAUUAAGUGGUGGUAACACAGUGGUGACAUCAGGUGUUGGUGGUCCUGGUUCGGGAAAUGCUAAUACUGUUGUCCAACCUCAAACUGUACAGUAUUCAACCUCCUAUAAUGUCUCUUCCCUACCCACUGGUGGUACCAUCAAAACAGGACCCGAUGGUGGUGUACAAAUUCAUGUUACCGGCGGCACUGCCGGCUCCGUACCCAUAGUUACCAAUCCAACUGUGCCACAAACCGCCAACUCUGUACGUCAACGUACAAUAAGUGGUACACAAAGUAGUAGUAUAUCGUCAUCUUCACAGCCUCUCGUGCAGCAGCAACAGCAACAGGCAACAACAGCACAGACUCCACAAUUAACAGGCGGCGGCGGAACAAUCUCAACACCACAACCCGGUCAACCAGGAGCACCACCCCGCCUCAAAGUGGAGGACGCACUAAGUUAUUUGGAUCAAGUUAAGUAUCAGUACUCUGAUCAGCCACAGAUCUAUAACAACUUUUUGGAUAUAAUGAAAGAAUUCAAGUCACAUUGUAUUGAUACGCCGGGAGUUAUACAAAGAGUAUCGACUCUUUUUAAGGGUCAUACAGAGUUAAUCUAUGGCUUUAAUAUGUUUUUGCCACCCGGCUAUAAAAUCGAAAUUCAUUCCGAUGAAUUGGGCUGUUCAGUACCAGUAGUAUCAAUGCCUUCACCACCGGGAUCGGCACCAGGAAGUGGUACAACCAUACAUGCGGUUUCCGGUACGGCUAUGACUAAUUUGAGUCAUAAAACAAGUAGUGGUGGUACUACAGCUACGGUACAUCAACUACAGACUACCGGCACAGGUGUGGCGGUAAAUCUAAUGACACAUGGCGGUGCUUCACUGUCACAAACAACUAUACAUGCUUUACAGCCGCCCUCAGCAGCCGCACAACAAUCACCCAGUGGUGCAGCCGGUAGUGGUGGUCAUACACCCACUCAUGUACCACAUGCUAGUGCAUCGCCAGCACCGGCUCAAGUAACGGUGGCAGCUGUUAAUGCGGCGCCACCACCCAAUAUGCCACAAAAUUAUUCGCGUGAUCGUGAGCGCAGUGCGACAGCUGCCAAUAUAGCCUCUACAGCCGGUGGCAUGGUUGUGGGUGGCACACCAACGUCUAAUGCAAUAAAUGAUCUUAAUCCUCAGACGGCCGCUCAAGCUCAUCACAAUUUACAUCAUAUUUCUCAAGCUCAUCAGUCCAUGAUGUUGGCAGAAUCAGCAGCCGCACCGGGAUCAGCGCCCCAACAGCCAGUAGAAUUCAAUCAUGCCAUAACUUAUGUUAAUAAAAUAAAGAAUCGUUUCCAAAAUCAACCCGAAAAGUACAAAAAAUUCCUCGAAAUUUUACAUACUUAUCAGAAAGAGCAGAAAGUCAUUAAAGAAGGUUCAACGGGUGGAGUCAAUCAGGGAAAAACCCUUACCGAACAGGAAGUCUAUACUCAAGUGGCCAAACUAUUCGGUCAAGAUGAGGAUCUUUUACGUGAAUUUGGACAAUUCUUACCCGAUGCCACUAAUCAUCAAGCCCAACAGUAUAUGACAAAGUCUCAUAAUGAUCAUAAACGUGCUACGACAGCAUCAUUAAGUGGUGGUGCCCAUAUAACUAUGUCACCGGCAGGUGCUUCGGCCACUGGCUCCCCAUUACACUUGAGUAGCGGGGCCACGUUGUCGCAAAUCAGUGCUACAUCUCAUGCAGCAGCUUUGGGCAAUCUAACGGCAGUAAAUACCAGUGUCAGCUUAAAGUCCACCUACAAUAACUCUCAGCAAAAUCAUAUAAGCUCGGGUCGCGAUAGUAGUAGUGGAGUACCCACGGGUGCUGGCCCAGCUGGUGGUGAUAUAUAUGAUAAAGAUUUUCGUGGCAGUGGUCCAGGAGGAGGAGUACAUGUUAAUGUUCAUCAUCAGGUGGGUUCACAUCAUCAUUUGCCAGGAGCUGGAGCAACUGGUGCUGGUGGAAAUUUAAGCAGAUCUUACGAUACUAAAGAUACACACCGCAGUAAUCAUCAUGCGGCAUCUGUAGUAACAGGCGCACAAAAAUACAUGGCUCACCAUCAUCAUCCCCACAAUCAAACCGCCUCAAAUAUGGCACCCAAUAUGGGUAAUAUGACCAGCCAUAUUUCAAAGAAAUCUCCCAGCUAUAGUGGUCUCCCCUCGGGCAUACCCUCUAGUGGUUUGUCACAUAUCGGUGGAGUUACAAAUACCAGCGGUCUUAAUUAUGUCACUUCCCAAGCCAAUGCCUAUCACAAUCAAAUAACCCACACAGGAUCACGCAGACAUGCAGUCGAUGAUAUAGGUGGUGUAGGAGGCCUGGGUGUACCACCGACAAAACGUCACAAACCCAUUUGUCGCGACAUUUCCUUUUCAGAGGCCUCACGCAAGUGCAGCAUACAAGAUGCUGCCUUCUUCGAUAAAGUACGCAAAUCACUGCGUAGUCCCGAAGUUUAUGACAACUUUUUGCGUUGCCUAACGCUAUACACACAAGAAAUUGUUUCCAAGACUGAACUGCUCACCCUGGUUACACCGUUCCUUAGUAAAUUUCCAGAUCUAUUCCGUUGGUUUAAUGAUUUUCUCGGUCCACCCAUUUCCCAAGUGUCGGGAUCAACGUGCGGUGUUGGCGGCAAUAGUGGCAGCGGCACUGGUGGUGGCAUUAAUUCCGGUCAUCAUUUAGAGGGUUUACCCCUGCAAGCGGCCCAACGACAGAGUGGUGCAAACAGUAAUAGCGGUUCUGCGGCGCAUGCAGGCAAUCUAAAUGAUCGUCAAAAUAGUUUACAAAACAGUGAUCAUCAUCAAGAAAUUGAUUUGUCAUCGUGUAGACGUUUGGGCGCAUCGUAUUGUGCUCUGCCGCAAACAACAAUACCGAAAAAAUGUUCUGGUCGUACACCACUGUGUCGUGAGGUACUAAAUGAUAAAUGGGUUUCAUUUCCCACCUGGGCUAGUGAGGAUUCAACAUUUGUAACAUCGCGUAAAACACAAUUUGAGGAAACCAUUUACAGGAAUAUUCACAGAACUGAAGAUGAACGCUUCGAAUUGGAUGUGGUUAUCGAAACGAAUAGUGCAACAAUACGUGUCCUAGAAGGAGUACAAAAGAAAAUGUCACGCUUAUCACCCGAAGAAUUGGCACGCUAUCAUUUAGAUGACUAUUUGGGUGGCACAUCACAGACAAUACAUCAACGUGCCAUUUAUCGUAUAUACGGCGAAAAAGCCGGUGAAAUUAUACAGGGUCUUAAAAAGAAUCCCUCCGUUGCGGUUCCUAUAGUCUUAAAACGUUUAAAGGUCAAAGAAGAAGAAUGGAGAAAUGCUCAAAAGGGUUUCAACAAACAAUGGCGUGAACAGAAUGAAAAGUAUUAUCUUAAAUCUUUGGAUCAUCAGUCUAUCAAUUUUAAACCCAAUGAUAUGAAAGCAUUACGCUCUAAAAGUCUAUUCAAUGAAAUUGAAACACUUUAUGAUGAGCGUCACGAUCAAGAAGAUGAAAAUGGUGAACCCAGCACUGGUCCACACUUAACAUUACCCUAUAAAGAUAAAACCAUCUUAGAUGAUGCUGCCAAUCUCUUAAUACAUCAUGUUAAAAGACAAACUGGCAUACAAAAACAAGAAAAAACCAAAAUUAAACAUAUUUUAAGACAAUUUGUGCCUGAUUUAUUCUUUUCCACAAGGCAGCCCUUAAGUGAUGAUGAACGUGAAGAUGUAUUUCCAUUUUUAUUAGAUGACAAUGAUAAAAUGGAUGUAGAUUCCAUAUCAUGCAAACAGGAUAAAUAUAAAAGCACAAAUGUAACAGCAACUGGAGCGGCAGCAACAACGUUAUCAACAGUAGGUACAGCAUCAACGACGACAACAACUUUAACAGCGGCUGGAACAACGACGGCUAUUAAAACAGAAGUUGAUGCUAUGGAAACAAAAGAUGCGAUAACAAUAACGAGCACAACUCCUGUCAUAAAUCAUACAAGCGAAGCCCAAACGACAACAGCAAAUCCCAUGGCUACAGCUGGUACAACGUCCAACGCAACAGGCGCUACAUUAACAUCCUCCUCUUCCUCCUCUAACACCAGCACCUCCUUGGCAAGUGAUAUUAAACAAUUAGAGUCUAGCAAUAAUAAAAAUGCUGAAACAGCUUCAGCCACCUCUAUAGCAAUAGCCACCAUAACCACUACUAGUGGUACAAUGACAACUAUGGCCAAUGCUAAUGCUACAACAUCUGCAACCAGUGAAGGAAAAACUACAGCAGCUAGUGGCUCGUUAACAGGUGAUUUAAAUGCAAAAUCUGAAGGUAUAACAGCAGCAGCAACAACGACAACAGCAUUUGCCGGCAAUAACAAUAGUUUAACAACUACCACCACAGCGGCCAAUACAACAACUACAACAAGUGUAUUGUCCAGCAGCAAUUUAGCAUCAUCCAAUAACACCACAACUACCGGUCACACGGGCAUGGCUGUAACAGAUGAGAGUAUCAAAACGGAAAUUAAACAAGAAGACGAAGAAAUGCCUUGCUCCGAUAUACCCGUACCGCCCCAUGCCAUUAGCAAACACAUGGAUGAAGCCUACACGCUAUUUUUUGCCAACAACAAUUGGUAUUUAUUCUUUCGUCUACAUGCCAUACUUUGCGAACGUUUACGCACCAUGUAUGAGCGUGCCCAGCUAAUAGCUGCCGAAGAAGAGAAAUACAAACAAAAUCGUCGUGAAAAUAUUGCUCAAGCUUUAAGACUGAAACCCAAAUCCGAGGUUAGUGUUGAAGACUAUUAUCCAACCUUCUUGGAUAUGUUGAAAAAUGUGCUAGACGGUAAUAUGGAUUCAAAUACAUUCGAAGAUCAAAUGCGUGAAAUGUUUGGCAUACAUGCAUACAUAUCAUUUACCCUGGACAAAGUGGUCUCGAAUGCCGUCAGACAAUUGCAAAAUUGUGUUACCGAACGUACGGCAUUAGAAUGUGUUGAACUAUUUCAUUUGGAGCAAAAGAAAGGAGCAGCUGGUGGUCUUUGUCGUAAUGCUCAUAAAACAUUUAAUGCUGAAAUGCAAUAUCAACGUAAAGCAGAAGAAAUAUUACACGAAGAGAAUUGCUUUAAAAUCUAUAUUUACAAAAUUGAUUGUCAUGUUACGAUUGAACUUUUGGACACAGACAGUGAAGAUGUUACCGAACGUGAGAAACCUGUUAAUAAAGUUAAGACCUGGUCAAAAUAUGUUGAACGUUUAGCUAAUCCUGCCUCUUCAGCAAAUACAACAAAUGCUAAUUCACCCAAUAAUAAUAAUAACAAUAACAACAAUAAUAAUAACAAUACCACAAAUAUGGAUACAAGCAAUAAUUUAACAAACAACGAAAUUAAAUCUGAACGUUGGGAUGAAGAUGGAAUGGAUUUGCACUUGUUGCGUAAACCACGUUUUCUUAAACGCAAUAAACGUUCUGCCUGUCUAAGGGCUGAACAAUUACGUUUAUUACAGGAACGUAAAUCACUUAUGACAGGUGCUGGUGGUGGGGGUGGUUCUUCAUCCACAGAUUCUGCCUCAAGUGUGGGUCAUUCUUCUUCAUCCGAUAAUAAUAAUCCUUUAAAUGCUGCCGCCGAUUUACAUAGUUUCUGGAGUAAACGUCCUCCCGAGCGUUUGGGUAGUUCAGCGUUAGUUUGUCCCGGUGGUGAGAAAUACUUUAUAAAUGAUCGUGAUGAAAUCAAAUUAAAUGCUUCCGGUCGUCAAGUGUUUGUUAUCAAUAAGAAUCUCAAAUUUUUCAAAUUGGACUCUGUGCGAAAAGCUAAAAUGUGUCAUCUACGUAUUACCCAAUGUAAAUUUAAACGUUUCCAACAAUUUGCACAACGUUGGCUAACAGCCCACGUUACGGCCGAACAGCAGCAGCAAUGCAACGAAUGGUUGCUGGGCAAUAACAACAGCAACAAUAACACGACAACAACAACAACAUCCACCUCCAACUCCUCGUCAACAACAAAUACUUGGUUAUUACCCAAAACUAAAGUUAUUGUACAAAAUGAUUUAAAAAAGACACCCUAUCGUCCAUAUCAACGUUAUAAAGUAUUAAGCAGUAGUAGUGUCGUCAAUACCGGAGGCAUUAAUAAUCUAAAUAUUUUAAAUACAACAACUAGCAAUUUAUAUAAUGCAGCUGUUAGUAGUUUAGUUAAUGCUAGUAUGGCCAAUAUUAAUGUAAGUUUAAUUAACACAAAUACCACUACUACACCAACAACAGGAAGUGGAGGAGUUGCAGCAAACAUAACAGCAGCUACAGGAGUUAAUUUAAAUACUUUAGCGAGUGUUACCUCCUUAAAUGCAAAUGCCACUGAGACCGGCUCAACAAAUGUUGGAAACUUAGCACCAACACCUCACUGCAAUAGUGUGGCAGGUUUGGCUCAGUCAUCAGUGGUAGUGGUGCAAGAACAACCGGCUCAAGUUAGACCCAUGGAAAGUUAAUUAUUAUUAUAAAACCUUAAUAACAAUUUAUAGAAAAAAAAGCUUCCAAAUGUUGUUUUUAACAUAAAAACUCCUUUGCAUUUUUAUUUUUUUUUUAAUUUUAAAUAAAAAUUUC